CUUCAGUAACGGUCUUGGAAAAGCACCAACAAAGACAGCCUCGCCUUGUGCCCAGUGUUCUUUGCAAAUCACAUCAGGCCAAUAACAACCUCACUCACCCUACCUCAACCUCAAAACCACAUCAAUAUGCGUUUCUCCACCAUCCUCGCUGGCUUCGCCGCCCUCACAGCAACCUCAGCAGCCCCCAUGCCAGGCAGCUUCCUCCCCUUCGGCAACCUCCCCUCGCAAUCAAGCACAGGCGCAAGCAUCCUCGGCAGCCUAGACACCCUCCUAACCUCCAUCCAAUCGCUCACCGCAACCCUCAACGGCCUCGACUACACCACCGGCAACGCCCUCAGCAUCGCCAACCUCCUCAAAGCCCCUCAGGUCCUCCUCAACACAAUCGGCCUCAACUCGGCCUCCUCAUCCACCCUACUCGACGUCAAGGCCCUGACUCUAUCUCUCAACUCGUCCGACUCGUCCGCCAUCGUGAGCAAGCUCACAAACGACAUCCAGCCUGCGCUCAAGACGGUCACGGAUCUGUUGACCAAGGCAAAGACGUCCGGCAUCGUCGCGCCUCUUACGCCGCUUGGUCAGACUGAUUAUCUCAAGCUGAUCUCGACGAACCUCUCUGGUCUCGGGGGUGCUUUGACGCCUUAUAUCGAUUCUUCCUCGCAGGCUGGUUUGACCGGUAUUACUGCUACCCUCAGCAACCUCUUGAAAGCCACCGUCAACGUCUACACUACCUGAGUUGGUUCGACAUGUGGGGGCAACGGCUGGUGUGUAAAGAGAUAUAAAUGAACGUUGGAGGUAAUGGAUAAUGCUUGGACACGGCUGGGAAAAAUGAGAUUGAACCAUGUAGGACUUAGCCAUCAUCUUUAGUAUUGUUUAUGCUUCGACCACCUUGAUGACCAGGUUUACAAUUCGUCCGGUACACUUUUAAUUCAAUCAUCUUCGCUUCA